UUCAAAAAGCAAACGCGCAAUAAACGUGUGAACUGCUAUGAAUCGCAUCGUCGAUGCGCGUUAAAAUUUCAGCUUAUUUGUACACUUUUACGUCAAAGAUAAAUGAAACAAGUUCAGAAUUUGUGACGAAUAGGUGAAGUAUGAUACGUAGCUUCCUGGUUUAACAGUUUUGGAAGAAUUAACGGGCCUAGUGUUGACGAACUUCGUGUCACGAGAGGCCACCAACUGACGAACAAUUCACCAUGCCGGUCGAGGUCAUUCCGACCGUGACUGACGAAGAAAUCCCGGGUAAUCGGCAGGUCGAUGAGGCGGCAUCUCCGGGGGCCAGUAAGCCCAUGGUGGGAAUCAUUUAUCCCCCACCGGAAGUCAGAAACAUCGUGGACAAGACAGCCGGCUUUGUUGCCAGAAAUGGGCCGGAAUUUGAGCACAGAAUCAGGCAGAACGAGAUCAACAACGCCAAGUUUAACUUCCUGAACCAUGGCGAUCCCUACCAUGCCUACUUCAGGCACAAAGUCCAAGAGUUCCUUGAGGGCAAGGCCCAGGAACCGACCAAUGCUCCUUCUAUGCCCAAGCUUACAUCCCUCCUUCAACCCAAAGCAACACCCCAAGCGACAGAGACCCUCGUCCUCAAAGAGCCUCCCCCUGAGCCGGAAUUUGUUGCCGACCCUCCGACCAUCAAUGCUUUUGAGCUGGAUAUCGUCAAGCUGACAGCCCAGUUUGUGGCCCGCAACGGUCGCCAGUUCCUGACGAGCCUGAUGAACCGAGAGCAGAGGAACUACCACUUCGAUUUCCUGCGGCCACAGCACAGCAUGUUCACCUACUUCACCAAGCUGGUCGAGCAGUACACUAAGAUCCUGAUUCCUCCCAAGGAUCUGCAGGGCAAGCUGCGUCAGGAGGCAGAGCAGCCCAAGCGGGUCAUGGAGCAGGUCAACUACCGAGUGCAGUGGGCCAAGCACCAAGAGGCGCAACGCAAGAAGGAAGAAGAGGAGAGAGAGAAAGAACGAGUUGCCUAUGCCCAGAUUGAUUGGCAUGGCUUUGUGGUGGUCGAGACGGUAGACUUCCAGCCCGGCGAGCAAGGCAACUUCCCCCCUCCCCUCCGACCUGAAGACAUCGGCAAACGCAUCUUGGCUGAGAAACGAUACGAACAGUUUGGGGAGUUGGAAGAAGAAGAAGACGUUGAGAUGGAGGUUGCGAGCGACGAGGACGAAGAUGAGGCCAAGGAUGCUGGCAAGAAGAAGAAAGAGGCUCCGCCCAAAGAGAAAGAGAAGGCGGGGCCCUCUGCGACCACACCCGCGGAUCAGAACACCGAGGUUCAAGAUAUGGAUGAAGGGGAUUCAGACAUGGAGGAGAGUGACGAUGAAGAGGAAGGUCGCCGCAUACCGAUGUCUCCUCCGCCUCUCCCCACCGCAGGGGGUGCAGAUGCCUCUCUCUUACCACCGCCCCUGCCUCCACUUGGGGAUGUGCAAAUCAGAAAGAACUAUGAUCCAAAAGCUCCGAAGCAAGUGGCAGAGUUGGAGGAGAAUUACCUGAUUUCCCCCAUCACCGGGGAAAAGAUUCCCUCCAGCAAGAUGCAAGAACACAUGCGCAUCGGUUUGUUGGACCCUCGCUGGAUCGAGCAGCGGGAUCGUCAGAAGGAGAAGUCGGCCCAGGAGGAGGUGUACGCACCGGGCGCCGCCAUCGAGGAGAGCCUGAAACUCCUGGCCGAGAGACGUACCGACAUCUUCGGAGAAGGUGACGUGGAGACCCAGAUCGGUAAAAAGCUUGGAGAGGAAGAAGACACCAAGUCCAAACAGAAGGUCAUAUGGGAUGGGCACUCUGCCAGCAUGGAGUCCACAGCUCGCAAAGCUCAGGCCCAUAUCACCAUAGACGAGCAGAUUGCGGCACUGCACAAAGCACAGGGAUUGCUGCCAGACAAGGAAAAGGAGAAGAUCGGUCCCCAGCCGGUCAACAGAGCCGCCAAGCCCCUCCCCCCUCCCCCCGCCCCUCCCCAACCCAAACCAGCCCCCUCGGCCGCCCCACGCGCACCCAUGCCCGAGCCUAAGCAGGCCCCCCGCAUGCCCUUCCCACCUCGCAUGCCAAUGCAGCAGCAGCAGCAGCCUGGGAUGGGGAUGAUGCCCAUGCCCCCACGGCCCCCGAUGCCGCCCCGCAUGCCCCAGCCGCCCAUGGGCAUGCCGCGGAUGGCUGGCGGGCUGCUGCCUGGCCCUCCGCUACGCUUCAUGAGUCAAGGUCCUCCGAGAAUGGGCGGGCCCAUGCAGAUGGGCGGUCAGCCCAUGCAGGCCAUGAGAAUGCCGGGGGCCCCUCCCAUGCGACCAGGCCUACCGCCGGGCAUAGACGAACCGCCGGCCAAGAAACAGAAGACGGAGGAGAGUCUGAUGCCCGAGGACCAGUUCUUGGCAAGAAACAAGGGUCCAGUCGUUUUCAAGGUCAUGGUCCCGCCCAUGCCGGAUAAGCCGGAAUGGAAGUGUAGCGGUCAAGCCUUGCAGAUGACCCUACCGCUGACCGACACCAUCUCGGUCAUCAAGGCCAAGAUCUUCGAGGAGACCAGCAUGCCGGCCGGCAAGCAGAAGCUGCAGUUUGACGGUUUGUUUGUGAAGGAUUCCAACUCCUUGGCAUUCUACAACUUCAUCAACGGAUGCACCUUGCAGCUGGGCCUCAAAGAGAGAGGAGGUCGCAAGCGCUAAGAACCUACAGCGUGCGGCACACAUUAUUGGACGUUUUUGUUUUGUCUCUGGUUUUGAAUUCGGUCAUUUUAAUCUCAUCACACUGUUUAUACUGCUGUUGUGGGUUGUUUCUGUUAAAGGACGCAAACUCAAUCCUCUGAACAUGUAAAUAUUAUUGUUUUUAAAAUCAUGACUUGGUUGACUUCUAACGAUUUAGUUUUUGUAAAGUAAUGUUAAUAACUUUUUCCCUUUUGUUGAGAUAUGUUUUGAAGUAAAAUACCUCUUUAAACGAUGAGAUUAUUUUUAGGUACGA